CUUCCUUGUUACUCUUGUUAUCUGUACUCUACACUUACAUUUUACGAUCAUCACGACCAUACGAACUCAUGCCUUCCACUUGACCUUCCUGGUACUGUAGUAUCACAGCAUAAAAGUAACCAAGAGAUUGAACACUUCAAAGUAUCCUUCCAAGGUAGAAGACGAAGAUCUACAUCCUUGAACCUUACAUAUCUCGGGAAUCAAUCAAUACUUCCUUCCUUUCCCCUUUUCGCCUCACGGUAUUACGGUAUCGAGGUGUUACCCAUAACGUACGACACGACGACCGACGGGAAGCGAAAGGGCCGAAAAUACUCAGGAGAGAGGAUGAAACAUAUCAUUACGAUUUGAUUUCGGUACUAGAUAGGGAAUUUGAAUGUCUCAAAAAUACAAAUUGGAAUCAAUCAACAACCCUUGAUUCAAGUUUUCCCACUCUGGAAAGUUGAACGUUAUCGUUUUUGUUUGUCGAAGUACCGACCCUUGUCUAUCUUUUUUAACUCAAUCUCAUGCGAACGACCAUAUACGACGACAUUCUUUAACGACACAAGUGACUACAACUUGGAUAUACGAUAUACGAUUUACGAACCUCAAACUCCUGAAACAUAAUCCCGAUAGAUUUAGUAAUCAACGAGAGUGGUACUGUCAAAGAACAUUUUGCGGAAGACCCGUCUGGGACGAAGUACGGGGAGUAGAGAUUGGAGGAGGUUUAGGGCACAAUGUCACCUGCCUUGUUGGCCACCACGACGGGAGGAGAGGCGGUUUCUACUCAAGCGGUGGAUCUGGCAACAACUCAAAAGUUGACACAAGUUUCCCUAGAUAAUACCGCUUCACUCUUACUAUGGCUGGCUGUCCUCCUGCUAGUCGUGCUAGUCAUCAUCGCCAUUCAUGUUCCCUUCAUCGCACGUCUCUAUGCCUCGGUCGCUCCACUCCUUCAUUCCCCUUCGUCUAAUCUCCACACUCACCUUCAAAAAGCCAGCUUCUCGGAGGCUGCUCGGCGACAUAGGGUGGUCGGUGGGGGAGGUCUAUUCACCGGUUGGAUUCUUCGUUCCUCUCCCAAACAUCUAGCUCAAGCCCAUCAACACUCCUCCGCACUCUCUCGUCCCUCCCGGCCGCUCGGACCAUGUUCCACGCAACCUUCUCCUACCUUUUCUUCCGAUUUUUAUCCCUUCAACGGAGACUCCGACAAGGAACAUACCCGAUAUCCCUCAAAGCCCGAACUUCCCAUCGCUCAUCCCCAGUUUACCCCUCCACCCCGGGAAGGAAGUCUCCUCUCUUACAUCCCCAAUGCGCAGUAUCGUUAUCUCGCUCCUUUCACCCUUCUUCCCUCUCAUUUUGGUACUUCUCUCAACCUCGCGGGCAUAGCGGCCAUCCUACUUUACCUCGUGGUUCUGCUCCUGUGUAUGGUGUAUCGCUCCGAUGUCGGAGGGACAAUGAAGGGUAAAGGAUAUGGGAACGACUUUGCUCGUACUGGUCUACUAGGUGCUGCCCAAAUUCCCUUGGUCUUUUUGCUCGGAUGUAAGAACAGCCCGUUAGGCUUGGUUCUUGGAAGAGGAUAUGAGAAAUUGAAGGUGUUCCACAAAGUGGUCGGAAGGACGGCGUUUCUUUGCGCCACGCUGCACGUAGGGUUCUUUCUUCAUAAAUGGGCAAAAGCCAACGCACUCGGAAAGGAGCUUUCUCAAAAAUUCAUACUGUUCGGCCUACUUGGCUGGUUGGCGCAGAUCCUCAUUGUCAUAUCCUCUCUACCUUGGGUCCGGAAACAUUGGUUUGGUGUAUUCGAAGUCUCACACAUGAUCGGAAUGAUUGGUCUGCUGGUCGGACUUGGGUUUCAUGUAGAUCAGGCAAAACCUUACUGCAUCGCUGGUGCUUCCAUCUACCUUACUUCACUAUUCGUUUCCCUCAUCAAAACACGCUACACCAUCGCCACCUUCGUCCCUCACCCUCAGUCCGGCUUCACACACAUAAACAUCCCAUCUAUCGGUUCCGGCUGGCGAGCAGGUCAACAUGUCAGAAUAAGAAUACCAUCUUUACCCUAUCCCCACAACCUCGAAUCUCAUCCUUUUUCCAUUGCUUCCGCUCCCCACACUGACGGACUUGAAUUGAUCAUCAAGGCUCUUCCUGGCGGUUGGACCGCUCACCUCCUUCAAGCCGCAUUCGGAGAAGAUCAACGUUUCUCCCUCGUUGAUGGAUACGACACGGCUCGUACUGCUCCAGUCAUCAUAGAAGGUCCUUAUGGAGGUUACGGUAAUACUUUACUCGAAUCUUAUACUUCUCUUCUUCUUAUCAGUGGUGGAUCUGGAAUCUCUCACGUUCUCGGUGUAGCCAGAAACCUCAUACAUAAAGCUCCCACUGGUGUUGUCCGACCUCGAACUUUGGAUCUCAUUUGGGUAGUCAAGACGGAAAAAGAAGCCAGACAUCUUUUACCUCAAUUAUUCGACCUAGUGAAUUUAGCCAAAGAUCAAGAAGAAACUUCAAUCGAAGGUCGAAGAAGAGGUAAAGACUUAGCUCCUCCAGUAGCUCUUAGAGUCGAAGUCCAUCUUUCUCGUACUCUUCAUCUAGAUCAUUCUCGUUCUUCCCUCCUUGACCAACUAGACCUUCGACCGAAAUUGUCAGAAGCGGAUAAAGAGAAAGAAGCAUAUCUUCAACAAAACGGAAGUAUCCGAACUGAUCCAUCCACCACACAACCAUACAAAUUCAACCCCAGAUCAGUCCCACUAUCAAAUUUCCAGAUCUUACCUCGGCGUCCUCAACUCGAUACGGUGAUAGAUCGUGUAGUGGCUGAAACGGCGGAUCGAAUCAUGCGUCAUAGAGCACCAAAAUGUGGAAUAGCAGUGGUCGUUUGUGGUCCGGAGAGAAUGGUGAAUACGGUAAGGAACGGAGUGGUGGGGUUGUCUUCGUGGAGACAUGAAGAAGUGGGAGGAGUGGAUUUCGUGGAACAACCAUUUGGGUUUUGA